UCUUAUGCUGCGGUUCAGCCGGUCGGGUGCGCUCGGGUGAGGAACGGAACAGAGUCUCCUUCCUCACCGUCGAGCUCGCUGCCGCGCGACUCCUCCUGCCAAGCUGCGCCGCGCCCCUCCCCAUCGGCAUCGCGGCCGCGCCGGGAUUCCUCAUUCUCCCAGGACGCGCCGCCUCCUCAUCUCCCCCCGGACCGCGCGGCGCCGCCUCCCCUCCCCGUCUCCGGCCGCCGCGGCCUGAGCAGCUCCGCGCGGCGGCGAGACCUCGCCGGUGUUGCCUCGCAAGCCGGCCACGCCAACCGCGACAGCUGCACGCAGGCAGUCGAGGCAGAUUACAGGGGCACCGCACACAGGCAAUCCAAAAGCCAGGCUCGGCGCCCCCACAUCUGGCUGGAUUGGCUGGCCCCCUCUCUUCUGACAUGAUCUCCUCCUCGCUCCUCUCGCUCCCCCGCCUCGCCCCGCGCCCCGUCCCCGCCGCGGCCUCCCCCUGCCGCGCCCGCCUCGCGGUUGGCGGCGGCGGCGCGCGCGGGCUCGCGGCCGGCGUGCGGUGCCGGGCGCAGGCGGGGGAGAUGGACGCGCACUACAUGCGGCGGUGCGUCGAGCUGGCGCGGACGGCGGCCGGGCACACCAGCCCCAACCCCAUGGUGGGCUGCGUCAUCGUCCGCGAAGGCCAAGUCGUCGGCGAGGGAUUCCACCCCAAAGCCGGCCAGCCCCACGCCGAGGUAUUCGCUUUGAGAGACGCAGGGGAUUUAGCAGAGAAUGCAACGGCUUAUGUGAGUUUGGAGCCCUGCAACCACUACGGGAGAACCCCUCCCUGCACCGAAGCACUCAUCAAAGCCAAAGUUAAGGAGGUUGUGGUGGGGAUGACUGACCCAAAUCCUAUUGUAGCAUCUAAAGGGAUUGAAAAACUCAGAAACGCCGGCAUAGAUGUGAGGGUUGGUGUGGAGGAAGCAUUAUGCCUCAGAUUAAAUGAGGCUUACAUUCAUCGCAUGCUUACUGGGAAAGCCUUUGCAACUUUGAGAACUACACUCUCGAUGAACGGAAUUGUCAUAAAUCAAAUCGGGAGCGGAGCUGAUCAACCAGGAGGAUACUACUCGCAAUUAGCGAAAGAAUACGAUGGAGUUAUAAUUUCAAGCGACAUGGCCAAGGCGACUACCUUACCAGUAUCACAAGAGGCUGGCGCAAAGCAGCCUCUUUACAUCAUCAUAGUGCAGGGAGAAGGUUCUGAAUUACACAUCCCGUUUCUCGACGAGGAGUCUGCAUCUAACGCAAUAGUCCUGGCCGAUAGUCCCGUUACCGUGGAGCCAUCGGGAGUCAGCGUCUCGGUCCUCGACCAGAUGAACCUAGAGUCCAUCCUUCGACUUCUCGCGGAUCGAGGGUUGUGCAGUGUGCUGGUUGAUUUCCGAGAUGCCGGAGGCGUCCUGGUGCCGCUGCUGAGCAAGUUUCAAGAGGACAAGCUGGUGCAGAAGGUUGUUGUGGAGCUCUCACCUGUCUGGGUGGUGAGCCCUGGGCCGAGCGACCUGGCGUUUGGUGGCAGCCAGUCGUUUGCACUCAAGAAUGUGGAGCACAAGGAGUGCGACCAGCACGAGCACCUGCGCCCCGAGGGCACGGAGCUGCUGGCGCGCAUAGCCGUGGACUACACACCGGACGCCUGCCGCCACGCGCCGGCGUCCGGCGAGAUCCACGUCACCUACGACCACCGCGGCGGGGCGCGGUGGCGGUCCCGCGGCCGCUUCCUGCCGGGCUGCGCCGUGGCCGCCGCGGUCCGCGCCCCCGCCGGCGACACCGCGGGGCUCAACUACAACCUCUACCUGUCGUCGCUGGAGGGCUCCAGCGACAUGGACGAGAUCGACUUCGAGUUCCUCGGCAACGACAAGCGCGCCGUGCAGACCAACUUGUUCGUCGCCGGGAGCGGCGGCAGGGAGAUGGUCCACCAACUCCCCUUUGACACCUCCGACGGGUUCCACCACUACGCCGUCGCCUGGAGCGCCGAGGCCGUGGAGUGGCGCGUCGACGGGGAGGUGAUCCGGCGGGAGGAGCGGCGCGACGGGGAGCCCUGGCCGGAGAAGCCCAUGUACCUGUACGCCUCCUUGUGGGACGCGAGCGACGUCGACGAGGGGAAGUGGACCGGCACGUACCACGGCCGCGACGCGCCCUACGUCUGCAGCUACAGAGACGUCAGGGUGCCCGUUGUCGCGCUAUCAGCGGGAGAGGGAGAAGAAUGCCAGGAUGAUGCGAACGCCGGAGAUGAGGCUGGUGCUGCGGAGGAGGAGGUUGACGCCGAAGCUGGUAAAAAUUAGAUCUCGGCGUUGUCCCGCCUCUGAUCGUGCCACCAGCCAUGUGGAAUUAACUAGCUAUCUUGCUCAAGUGUUGCAAUAAAAGAUUUAUGAAUUAUUUGCUGUGAAGGAGAAACAAUGAUAAUACACACAGUUCUUUUGAAUAACUA